AUGCCGGAAGACAUCAAUGUGAGUGACAAGAUCGACGGUCUGCGGCAACUGGGCAUCUGGACAAAGAUUGCAGAAGGGGACAUCCACUUGGUGACCCAGAAGGAUGCGCUGGAGCUUUUCCGCGUUCUAGACGAUGGCCGAAAGGGUACCAUCAAUACGACGGACUUGAUGACCCUGCAAGCAGUGGACACCGUCAAACUCAACGAGUCGGACCUCAAGGCGUUAGUCCACGACGCAGACCGCGACGGCAAUGGACACUGCACAGCAGAGGAUUUAUACCAUGCUCUGACGCAAGGCGUUCUGGCUUUCAACCUCGUCAAAGAAGGCCUGCGCAAGAAAGAGGUCGAGCUCAAGUCGCACCAAAUCGAGCGCGAGAAGCUUUUGGAAUGGAUGAAGUUUGAGUACGAGACAAGCACCGCACUGUGGUCCCUGCCUAUGACGAUUGGCUCGUUUAUUGCAUUCUCCUGGGUCGCGGCAACACACAUUGACCUCUUUCACAGUUGGCGUGUGCACAAUGCCCUGCUAGAGCGCUUCCCGACGCUAACGGUGACGCCCAAGAGGAAGUACGUGGAUAUACCUACUCUGAAUACAUGGACCAGGGACCACUACCUCCCAACCGUUUUCCGACAAGAUGACAUUUAUGAUCCUGUUGCGGGACGGUUGGCUGAGCAGAACCAGAUGAUCACUGGAGUUCGAUUUGCGAAGGGCUUCUACGAGCCAUCACCGUGCCCAACCAACGAAAUCCUCGGUCGCAUCUUCGACUCCAGGAACAGUGAAUGCAUUCACACAGGGGAUAUGCAGUGGGACUACAUCGUGUUUCCGUAUCAGCUGGAGAAGAGGCUUUUGCUGGAACAGUUCGACACACUGGUGUCGAUACCCUGGCUGGACGAUCGGGUGCAGGUUCUUGAGUACCAGGUAUUCCUUUACAAUGCCAACGUUAACCUCUUCACGCUGGAGAUCAUCCAGUUCGAGUUUGAGCAGAGUGGUUUGAUGAAGCCGAGGCCCUUUUCUGACUGUCUUUUUGUUCUUCUUGCGGGGGAGGGGCGGUGUUAG